UGGUCACAUGGGUGGCGCGGCCGCUGCGUCAGUCCCAGUCUUGGCUGCCUAGUCGAGCCGCCGUCGCCGCCGCCAGCGGACGGGGCGGGGAUCCCGGUGCCAGGUCCUCGUCAGCCCGCCCCUGCCGCCUCAGUCGGCCGUCCCGGGCAGGGCCCGACCGUCAUGGAGCCGGGCGGGACCUCCGUCUGUUCCGAGUGAGGUGCGUCGCCGUCGCCGCCGCCAGAGCUUUCGAGAUCUCCCCAACCCCCGCCGCCGCCGCCGCCCGGAGCCCCUCGCCCUUGGCAGCCCGUCGCCGCCCCCCGGGCUGGCUUGAAUGCGCGUCCGGUAAAGGUGCAGGCCCGGCGCCGCCGCUGCCGCAGCCGGGAGAUGGUUCGGGCCUAGUGGAGCGGGGACUGGAGCAACAUGAACCGUGAAGAUCGGAAUGUGCUGCGUAUGAAAGAACGGGAAAGGCGGAAUCAGGAAAUUCAGCAGGGUGAAGACGCCUUCCCACCCAGCUCUCCUCUCUUUGCUGAGCCUUACAAAGUUACUAGCAAAGAAGAUAAGCUAUCAAGUCGUAUUCAGAGUAUGCUUGGAAACUACGAUGAAAUGAAGGAUUUCAUAGGAGACAGAUCUAUACCAAAGCUUGUUGCAAUUCCCAAGCCUACAGUACCACCGACAGCAGAUGAAAAAUCUAACCCAAAUUUCUUUGAACAGAGACAUGGGAGCUCUCAUCAGAGUAGUAAAUGGACUCCAGUAGGACCCGCACCCAGCACUUCUCAGUCUCAGAAACGGUCCUCGGGCUUACAGAGUGGACAUAGUAGCCAGCGGACCAGUGCAGGUGGCAGUGGUGGCACUAAUAGUAGCGGUCAGAGGCAUGACCGUGACUCAUACAGUAGUAGUGGCAGCAGUAGCCGGAAAAAAGGCCAGCAUGGAUCAGAACACUCCAAAUCACGCUCUUCCAGUCCUGGAAAACCCCAGGCUGUUUCUUCAUUAAGCUCCAGUCAUUCCAGAUCUCAUGGGAAUGAUCACCAUAGCAAGGAACAUCAGCGUUCCAAAUCUCCUCGGGAUCCUGAUGCAAACUGGGAUUCUCCUUCCCGUGUACCUUUUUCAAGUGGGCAGCACUCAAAUCAGUCUUUCCCACCUUCGUUGAUGUCAAAGUCAAGUUCAAUGUUACAGAAACCCACUGCCUAUGUGCGGCCCAUGGACGGACAGGAGUCCAUGGAACCAAAGCUGUCCUCUGAGCACUACAGCAGUCAACCCCAUGGCAACAGCAUGACCGAACUGAAACCCAGCAGCAAAGCACAUCUCACCAAGUUGAAAAUACCUUCCCAACCACUGGAUGCAUCUGCUUCUGGUGAUGUAAGCUGUGUAGAUGAAAUUCUUAAAGAGAUGACGCAUUCAUGGCCUCCCCCUCUAACGGCUAUUCAUACACCAUGCAAAACAGAACCUUCCAAAUUUCCUUUUCCAACUAAGGAGUCUCAGCAGUCCAAUUUUGGACCUGGAGAACAGAAAAGAUAUAAUCCUUCUUCUAAAACUUCAAAUGGACACCAGUCGAAAUCAAUGUUAAAAGACGACUUAAAACUAAGCAGCAGCGAAGACAGUGAUGGGGAACAGGAUUGUGAUAAGACAAUGCCAAGGAGUACACCAGGAAGUAACUCUGAACCUUCACACCAUAAUAGUGAAGGAGCUGAUAACUCAAGGGAUGAUUCUAGCAGUCACAGUGGAUCAGAAAGCAGCUCUGGAUCUGACUCAGAGAGUGAAAGUAGUUCCAGUGACAGUGAGGCAAAUGAGCCAUCCCAGAGUGCAUCUCCUGAGCCUGAACCACCACCAACAAACAAAUGGCAGCUUGAUAAUUGGUUGAAUAAAGUGAACCCCCAUAAAGUAUCACCAGCUUCAUCUGUGGACAGUAAUAUUCCAUCGUCUCAAGGCUAUAAAAAGGAAGGCCGAGAACAGGGCACAGGGAAUAGUUACACUGAUCCAAGUGCACCUAAAGAAACGAGUUCUGCUACUCCUGGACGAGACUCCAAAACUGUCCAGAAGGGAUCAGAAAGUGGGCGAGGGAGACAAAAGUCUCCUGCACAGAGUGACAGCACAACACAGAGGAGGACUGUAGGCAAGAAACAACCCAAAAAGGCUGAGAAGGCAGCUGUUGAAGAGCCUCGUGGAGGCCUGAAGAUAGAAAGUGAAACCCCUGUGGACAUGGCUACUAGCAUGCCUUCCAGCAGACAUAAAGCAGCCACCAAAGGCUCACGUAAACCCAAUAUUAAAAAGGAGUCCAAAUCUUCCCCUCGACCUUCAACCGAGAAAAAGAAAUACAAGUCAGCGAGUAAAUCUUCCCAGAAAUCAAGGGAAAUCAUAGAAACAGAUACCUCAUCCUCAGAUUCGGAUGAAAGCGAGAGCCUUCCUCCUUCCUCACAAACUCCUAAGUACCCUGAAAGUAAUAGGACUCCCGUUAAGCCCUCCUCAGUGGAGGAAGAAGAUAGCUUUUUUCGGCAACGAAUGUUCUCUCCUAUGGAAGAGAAGGAACUUCUUUCACCCCUCAGUGAGCCUGAUGACAGGUAUCCACUUAUUGUGAAGAUUGACCUGAAUCUCUUGACCAGAAUACCAGGAAAGCCUUACAAAGAAGCAGAGCCACCCAAGGGGGAAAAGAAAAAUGUGCCAGAAAAGCACACAAGAGAGUCUCAGAAACAAACCUCGGAAAAAGUUUCCAGUAAUAAGGGCAAAAGGAAGCAUAAGAAUGAAGAUGAUAACCGAGCCAGUGAGAGCAAGAAACCCAAAACAGAGGACAAGAAUUCAGGAGGCCACAAGCCAUCUAGCAACAGAGAGUCUUCUAAGCAGAGUGCUACAAAAGAAAAGGACCUGUUGCCUUCUCCCGCUGGACCUGUUCCCUCAAAAGAUCCAAAAACAGAGCAUGGCUCUCGGAAGAGGACUAUUAGUCAGUCUUCUUCCUUAAAGUCAAGUAGUAACAGCAACAAGGAGAAUAGUGGUAGCAGCAAAAGCAGUUCAUCCACAUCCAAACAGAAGAAGACUGAGGGGAAGACUUCCAGUAGCUCUAAGGAGGUCAAGGAAAAGGCACCAAAUAGCUCCUCUAACUGCCCUCCAUCUACACCAACUCCUGAAGCCUCUAAGCCUCGGAGAACAAAGCUUGCCUUUGAUGACAGAAAUUACUCAGCAGACCAUUAUUUACAAGAAGCAAAAAAACUAAAGCACAAUGCAGAUGCAUUGUCUGAUAGGUUCGAGAAAGCUGUAUAUUAUCUUGAUGCUGUGGUUUCUUUCAUUGAAUGUGGGAAUGCAUUAGAGAAAAAUGCUCAGGAAUCCAAAUCCCCAUUCCCUAUGUAUUCAGAGACAGCAGAUCUCAUCAAAUAUACUAUGAAGCUAAAGAAUUAUUUGGCACCAGAUGCUACAGCUGCAGAUAAAAGACUUACUGUACUUUGCCUGCGAUGCCAGUCUCUGCUGUACCUGAGGCUCUUCAAACUGAAGAAGGAAAAUGCCCUGAAAUACUCAAAGACGCUGACAGAGCACCUGAAGAAUUCUUAUAAUAAUUCUCAAGCACCAUCACCUGGUUUGGGAAGCAAAGCUGUUGGAAUGCCUUCCCCUGUGUCACCAAAGUUGUCACCAGGCAAUUCAGGAAAUUAUUCUUCUGGGGCCAGUAGUGCUUCAGCAAGUGGUUCUUCAGUGACCAUUCCACAGAGGAUCCACCAGAUGGCAGCCAGCUAUGUUCAGGUUACAUCCAACUUCCUCUAUGCCACUGAAAUUUGGGACCAAGCUGAACAGCUUUCCAAAGAGCAAAAAGAAUUCUUUGCUGAACUGGAUAAAGUAAUGGGCCCUCUCAUCUUCAAUGCAAGCAUCAUGACAGACCUAGUUCGUUACACCCGGCAGGGACUACACUGGCUUCGCCAGGAUGCCAAGUUGAUAUCUUGAACCGAACACAUUCUCGUUGCCUCUGAUUUUCUCCACAACACUGUGUCACAUCACGAAGGAAAACUGCCAUAACACGCCACUUAGUCGACACUAAGAAUGAGGAAUGGUUUUCUCCUCCCUGGUUCAUGCGUUGUUUUUUAUAACCCAAAACCAUCACGUCAGUUGACCCCUUCAAUAUUCCCAAUGUGAAAAUUUUAUUUAAAUGUUUUUAAAUCUGCAGCACAUUGAAAAGAUGGUUUCAGUAAUCUGUACUAAGAUUGAAAUUACUGUUGCAGUUUAUAACUAAUCAGUUGAAAUUCUAUUUAUUUUAAUUUUUUUAUGUUCCCAGAUUGGGGGUAGUUAAAUACUUAGUUAUUUCUGCCUAUAAAUUUACUCUUGAAUAUUUAGCAUAAAUGUAAUGUAGGCAUUUUUAUUUAUAUACUUUGGGAGCUUUGUUACCUAAUAAUGUUUUUUUGUCAUAACUCUUCUAAGAGUAAGAGAUGGUUCUUCUAAAAUAUGGACAUGUUCUUUCUACGCCUACUACCUGAAAUUAUUUCAAAUCUUAACUACAAUUUUAUUAUUGUAGAAUUUAUACAUAGUAUUAAGGAUAUUCUUCUACACAUGAAAAAUCACUUAAAUACGAGAAGAUGGCAUUCUACAUGGAUGUAAAAUGAAAUGUCUCAUUUGGUAUGCAUUAUUUCAAGAAAUGUGAAUGUGUGUUAAUAACACUAGCAAUCACAAGGUGACUAUAGCUUGCAUCAAAUGCAUUACAAAAGAAGGCAGGCAAACUUCCUAGGAGAAGCAUAUCAUGUGAAGGGUUUCAUAAAAGGACAAUCUUGAACUUUGUGGAUUUUAUUAAAACCAUGUGGGGUUUUUUUUGUUUUUUGUUUUGUUUUGUUUUGUUUGCUAAUCAUUUGACACUUAAUUGAACAGUAAGUUACUGUUGAACAAUGGAUGAGCCAGCUCCUGAGGGUUGCUGCCUGUAUCUCUUACUGAUGAUGUUUAAAGGAUAAAGUGUCUCUUCAGAACUUUUUUGUAAACAUAACCCCCUGCAGCAGAUUGGUGCUCUGAGAAGAGCAUGCAGUGACUGGUCUCAGAAUGGACUGGAGUUCUGGUAUGUGUGCUUUUUGCUCUACAACUUAGGGUUCUAAUGCCUGAUGUGGAGAUGAUGAAUUUUUUAAAAACUAUCUUGUAUUUACUUCUUUUGUAUUAUGAAGGCCCUUAUCAAUAUUGUGUUUCUGAUGGGAUCAGAAAAUUCACAUUAGAAAAGUAUCUAACUUGGUUCAAUGUGUGCUCUCUUGGAAAGGGGAGGGGUGCAGGGGUAGAGCUUAAGAAGUCACCUCUGUAAGAGUUGUAUAUCAAAAUAACCUUUCCCUAUAAGGUGCAUAUAGGAAUGAAUAGUGAGAAAUGUACCCUCUAUCGUUUGUUUUUAGUGCCCCUAUCAUGUCUGGUGUGCCUUAAAUCUUACCUUUAAAUGAAGACUCUAUGGAUUGUUUACAGAAGAAUUUUUACACUAGGACCAGAUCACCCAUACAGUUGGUCUUCUGCAGUAAUGAUGUUAAAAUUGCUUUCCUUUUAAAUCUUUAUAUGGUCACAUAAAGAUGAAUUCUUUCAGAAAAGCUAAUGCUUUGGUACAUGACUUAGUCUAACCUACUGCAUGAUGCUGCUUCAAAAAAUAGCCUGUUCUCCCAAUUCCAUAAAAUGAAUCUAGCCAAUCAGAAAAAAAAAAAAAGAUUGCCAUGCUAUUUAUAGAUGAUUGCUUACGCUUGAAAUGGGAAAGGAAAGACAGAAAAUCUCCAAGUGCAGUGAUGCAGUGAAUCCUCUGUGUUUGAGUCUCUUUUACACUUGUUUUCUGGAGCUAAUGAACUUUCAUUGUCCUGUGGCCUCCAUGUUUAUAAAUGAGUUUCUUGAAAGUUUUGUACCUCAGAUAUUUUUUUGCAUAUUAUUGAAGAUUGAAGUUGACAAAUUAUGUUGAAUUUAACAUUUUUCCCUUGGAGAAAUUGCCUCUGGUAUCUUUCUGAUGUAAUCCUAGUGUGUUUUUGAACAGUUUUCCUUAAGAGGACAACUUCUCAGUGAUCGGUGAUAGUUGGUAAGAAAUUUGCCACUGUUAAUCACAUAGAUGUAUGUCCUCCUGAUUCCUCUGAUUGUGAUUUCUUAAUUUGCAGUGAUGUCUUAGAAAUGGAAAAAGGGCACCUGUGAGUUUCAGUGUGCUCUAGUCUGGUGUGUGUCCUGAGAGGCAGCAGGAAGGUUUCUGGGAUCACAUUGAUGAUUUCGUUUAAGCAGAGUUUUCUGCCUGUUUUAUGGUGCUGCUCUAAGAUACUCACACUCUAAAUCUAUGUGAAUCCCUAUAGUUAUCAAGUUUUCAUUGUGGAGGGUUUUUCCUACCAGGUAGUAAUGGGCAGUGGAUCAAAAUCCUAUCCUAAAUAAUUGAAUUGUCAAUGUAAUAGUAGUCUGUGGCAAUAUCACUUCUUCCCCUUUGUCUCUCUUCUCAGAAGUCUGUCUGGGUCUUCAUCUGCUCCAGCAUAUAUUUUGGACUCCUUUACAGGUGACCAUUCCUCCUUCCUCAGUAGGUGUCUUCAGUGUUCUCUAAGCAUUUCAAACUGAAUUUGACAAGUGGCUAAAUACUUGGUCAGAGACUUGUACUUAAUAUAGUUAGUUAUAGAAAUGGCAACUAUUUUAAAAAUUGCUCUGUUGACUGCUCUUUAAGACCACACUUGUAUGCCAGGAGGCAGCAGCCUACACCAUUGGACUCUUUACAGGCAACCAGCUAACAGAUUGCAGUGGAUGAAGUUGUCCCGCAGUAGUCUUGCCCAACCUGGACUGGGCUGUGGGGAGCACUCCCCUCCAGGUGAUUCACACUUCCACAGUCCAGCCCAGGUCCAGUUUGGAAGCAUUCAACCUAUUUCUUGCCACAGUACCACCUUUUUUCUGGGCAAAUAGCCAAGAACUGACUCCAUUAGCAGUGAGCACUUCAGAUAAUUUAUAGAGUUGCUAAAGAGUGGAGAAGGUUGACCAUCACUAAAUUAAACCUCCAAUGAGAAAGCAAUCUAUAACGGGUGCACAUGCCCACACACUCCUGUGCUCUGGGAGCUCUCCUACUGAUGGAUCCGUAGGCAUCUGGGCUGCUCUUUGAAUGACACACUUGUGGCUUUAUUAGAUUCACCAUUGUUGUUGUUUUUUAAUUGUUGUCUGUUUCUUUUCAUUAAAGAAAGGUUUAAUUGGCUAGAUCAAACAGCAUCAUUGUGAUACAAUGACAGAAACUUUGGGAAAUUACCGUUAUUAAAUGAGCUUGCAUUGUGAAGCAAGAGCCUACGAAAGGCACCUGUUCUCCAUGAAAGUUCUGGCUCUAGAGACAGCACUCUGGAAUUUGACAGCAGCCAGUGGUUGCUCCAGUCAGUGAUGCCUAGUUGUGUAGAGGAGAGGCACACUGCGUGCUCUUCUAGAUGUGAGGGUAUGCAACUUUGGAUUUUAAAAUUAUGUACACAUACACUUUAUAUAUAUGUAUGUAUGUAUGUAUGAAAACAUGAAUUAGUUUGUCAAAAUGUGUGUGUUUAGUAUUUUAGCUUAGUGCAACUAUUUCCACAUUAUUUAUUAAAUUGAUCUAAGACACUUUCUUGUUGACACCUUGAAUAUUAAUGUUCAAGGGUGCAAUGUGUAUUCCUUUUAGAUUGUUAAAGCUUAAUUACUAUGAUUUGUAGUAAAUUAACUUUUAAAAUAUAUUUGAGCCCUUCUGUAGUGUAAUGGGGCUCUUACAGGGUGGGAAGGAUUUAAAUUUUCCAGUUGCUAAUUAAACAAAAUGGCCUCAUUAUGUAUUUUGAAUUAUAGGAGUUUGCCUCUGGGUCCCAGGAACACCUGGGAAUAUGUGUUUUAAGCAGCUUAUGCUGUUUUUUUCAUUGAAAUCUAAAUUGGGAAGCACAGCAUUUCAAAUCCAUAUAGACUCCUAUAACUCAUUUCAAUUUUAGUUGACUUCAUUUCAAUUUCAUGUUAUCAAUGUGGUGGGAGAGGCAGACUUCUUUCCAGUAAUAAUAUUGCACAUCUAAGGAUGACAGAAGAGUUAAGUAUUGAAUGACUUCGGAAUAUUAGUGACAGGAGGCUAAAUUGGUUAUGUUUGUGAGCUUAUCUUUCACUUAUUCACUAAUAGAGAAAUUCAGCAUAGACCUCUAGAUCCCUCCUAGCCCCAUGUUGGCAAGUGAGAGGAAUUAAAUUACUAACCGUUGGUCAAGUAGAUGCAGAUUCUACUCAGACGGGCCCUAUGGUUAAUGGGAAAAAAAAGUAAAUAAAUAAACUGCCUCCAGAAAAGGGGAUGGGUGAAGUAUCUAGCUCUCUUCUUUGCGAUGGAAUUAGGUCACAGAAUGCAUUAAGCCUAAACCGAGUCUUAAAGAUAUCUAAACAGUCCAACAGCCUUAAAUAACCGUCAUGUGAUGAUACUGACUUUUGGGAAUGUCAGCAUUGAUCUCUCCUUGUCACCAUUUAAGCACUCACCUAAGGAUAAAUUGCCAUUCUGAAAAAGAAUAAAGCUCUGUAAACGAUUGUGGAAAAGUUCCCACCCAGAAAUUCUAGUAAUACUGUUUUACCUCUUCCUGCUUCCACAUGGGAUUUCUUUUCAGCUUUUAACCAUUGGAAUUUUCUGCCUGCUGUGUUCUUCUCCGGAAAGUAUCUAUUUGGAAAUGCUGCCUUCCAAACCAAUGCCAUGAUUAUCCAUACUGUUGAGUUGUUGUUGCUGUUCAAGAAGUGUCCCCAUAUAACAACUUUAUGCACACACCUGGCAAAUCAUUGACAUGAGCAUUCAGCAGUACUGGGCUAGG